AUGCCGCUCACCGCCCCACCCUCGGAGGUGUAUGCGGCAUACGCUGAGCUGGGCCUGCCCGACCCUCUCACCGACAUCGAGGCCUUCCAGACCAAUGCCACGAUCAACGAGACGCUGCAAGAGUUUGUGGCCACCUGGUUGACCGAGCCCGGCACUGACCUCGCCAAUGUGACGGGCCUCGUCGGGCCCAACCCUCCUGAGUGGUUUGAGACCAUCGAGGACCCCAACCUGAAGCGCUGGGCCGAUUCCCUGUACGAGGCCUGGAACCUGCUGACCCGCCAGGUCGCGCCCAAUGUGUCGAUGGACACUCAGCUCUACACGAUGCUCCCCGUUCCCAACCCCUUUGUCGUCCCCGGCGCCCGCUUCCGGGAGGUGUACUACUGGGACAGCUUCUUCGUCAUCCAGGGCCUCCUGGCCAGCAAUCUGACCACCCUGGCCGAGAACAUCCUGGACAACUUUGCCUACCUCGUCCAGACGUACGGUCACAUACCCAACGGCAUCAGGACAUACUACAUCAACCGCAGCCAACCCCCGCUGUUCAGCGAGAUGGUCCGCAUUGUCUAUGAGGCCAGCGGGGACGAGAGCGUGCUGGAGAGGGCCCUCCCAGCCCUGCUAGCAGAGCACGCCUACUGGACCAGCGCGCCCAAGCAGGUGGAGGUGCUGAGCCCCGACGGGUCCACCACCUACAAUCUGAGCCGCUACCAUGCCGACUGGGAUACUCCGAGACCCGAGUCCUUCAGGGAGGAUCAGGAGACGGCAAGGAAGGCCGGGUUUGACCCCGCCGCCCCCACGGCAGCCACGCGGCAGCUGUACCGCGACCUGGCCUCCGGCGCAGAGUCCGGCUGGGACUACUCCACGCGCUGGCUGGCGGAGAACAGCACCGACCUGUCCACCAUCCGCACCACGCGUGUCCUGCCGGCCGACCUCAACGCCUUCCUGUACCAGAUGGAGCGCAACAUCGCGACCUUUGCCGAUACGCUGGGCUGCGCCGACGUCGCCGACCGCUUUGACGCCGCCGCCGAGGCGCGGCGCGAGGCGCUGGACGCCCUCUCCUGGGACCCGGCGGCGGGGCAGUGGUACGACCUCAUCAUCGACGCCGAGGACGGGGAUGGGCUUGCCGGCCCCGUGUCGGUCGCGCCCAACGCUGUCGUCUUCCCCAGCAACUGGUUCCCGUUGUACGCCGGCGUGGCGGAGGCCGGCAGCGUCCAGGCCGCCGCGGCCGUGGCCGCCUUCAACGCCUCGGGCCUGCUGAUGGAGGGCGGUGUGCCCGCCUCCCUGGUGGAGUCUGGGCAGCAGUGGGACUACCCCAACGUCUGGCCCCCCAUCCAGGGGCUGCUGGUGCAGGGCUUCCGCAACGCGGGCGGCGCCGAGGCCGAGGCCCUGGCCCAGACCAUCGCCGAGACCUACGUCAACCAGGCGCUGCGUACCUGGGAGGAGACGGGGGCCAAUUUCGAGAAGUUCAACUCCACGCUCGUCGGCCGGCCGGGGGGCGGCGGCGAGUACGCCGUCGUCACCGGCUUUGGCUGGACCAACGGCGUGGCCCUGCACCUCAUCCAGCAGUACGACCUGUGA